AUGCAGCAGGACCUGCACAUAGCUCUGCACAUGCGAGGCUCGCUUGACCGGCGCAUGCUGGACGUAGGCGUGGCCCAUCUCGUGAGCAGCAACUUCUGCCCCCUCCUCGAGGCCCAUGCCCAAUUUGGGCUCGGCUGUGAAUACCAGAGGGAAAGGAAGAAGAGAGGCAAGGCCUCCCGUAAAGAUCUCGCUCAGCAAGCUGCUGCCCAGGCAGCUUCCCAGACUGGUCGCAAGUCUCCGGCGUCGGGGGCGGAGAACAACCAGCCUGAUGAGCAGCCAGGAUCGAAGCCAGACGAUUCCAUUGCGUCUAUUAUCAAUAAUGGCAGCGAUGGGGAUGACGAGGAAGGGUCUCGAAGAGAAGAAAGACUGGGAAGUCUGGACAGCGAGCCGGAUCUGGGAGGGCAAGCGUCCCACAUCAACGGGCACGCAGGAGUGAUGGAGCGCGACCAUCUUGAAAAUCAGGGCGCAUUCGACCCGAGCAGCUAUGCCAAUAUCCACCACCCGUACGACCGACAGGCAAUGAAUGUCCACAUGAUGAAUCCAACAGCUCAUCCUGCAUACGGCGCGAACCAGGGCAAUAUUUCAGCAUACCCGAACAUUCCAUACGGCUUGCAGACGCAGAACCCGACAGGAUAUACGGCUCAUGGGGCUGCUUUUCGGAUGGCAACUAGCCCUCUCAGUGCCUAUCCUAUGGCUGGUGACGGGCCAUCGCCCGGGUGGAUGAACAUGGGAUCUCCGCCGCAACAAUACCAGACUCACGUACCUCCCCCCAGCUACCACGGCUCCCAGCUUCGAUAUCCCGUCUUGGAGCCUCUGAUUCCUCACCUUGAGACCAUCAUACCUCUACCACUUGCGUGCGACCUGAUCGACCUGUACUUCUCGAGCUCAUCCUCCGCACAAAUGCACCCGCACUCGCCAUACGUCUUAGGCUUCGUGUUUCGGAAGCGAUCGUUCUUGCAUCCGUCAAAGCCUCGCAGAUGUCAGCCGGCUCUGCUCUCCAGCAUGCUCUGGGUCGCUGCCCAAACGAGUGACGCCCCCUUCCUGACGAGCGUGCCCUCUGCUCGUGGGCGGAUUUGCCAAAGACUUUUGGAAUUAACCGUCAGCCUGCUCAAGCCGCUCAUCCACACGCCAUCGGGAGACUCAUCUCCUGUUGCCAGCCCCGGUGCCAUCGACGGUGCUGCUCUUGGUGGUCUUGGUGUUGCAUUGCCUGGUACGAUCAGCAUGGAGGCCUUGACCAGUGAGACUGGCCCAUUCGGUGCUGCGGGAACUCUCGACGAUGUGGUCACCUACAUCCACCUGGCAACGGUCGUCUCUGCUAGCGAGUACAAAGGGGCCAGUCUCCGGUGGUGGAACGCCGCGUGGUCGCUCGCGCGUGAGCUGAGGCUAGGCCGUGAACUCCCACAGUCAAUGAGUGCCCCCGAGAACGACAACGAAGGGGCAGAGGAUCAGUCGGAAGUGUCAGGCUUGAUUACGGAGGAGGAGCGAGAAGAAAGACGGCGCAUCUGGUGGCUUGUCUAUAUCGUUGACCGCCACCUUGCGCUCUGCUACAACCGGCCUCUCUUCUUGCUUGAUAUCGAAUGUGAUGGGCUCCUGCAGCCAAUGGACGACACCGCGUUCCAGAAUGGAGAGUUCCAGCCCCAGCCCUCGCCACUUACGGAUCCCAGUGUGCUUGCGUCGGGCUCAUCUGCAUCGCAGUCGCAAACAAGAGCCCGUGGUCCUUCAUUCGAAUGCAACGGACAUAGCAUAUAUGGCUACUUUCUCCCGCUGAUGGCCAUCUUGGGUGAGAUUGUCGACCUCAACCAUGCGCGCAACCACCCUCGUUUUGGGGUUGGGUUCAGGUCAGCUCGUGAAUGGGACGGCCAAGCGCUUGAGAUCGAACGUCACCUGCAGCUCUACGAGCAGAGUCUGAAGAAGUUUGCCCAGCGGAGCCUGGGCACGCAUAACACGAGCACAGCAGACGAGGCAGAGGAGAACCACAACGACAGCCUUGGCCCUGUGGACGCCGGCACACCAUCAGUGCACUCUGUGCAUAGUGUUCUGACGAGCGCUAGCAGGAUGACAGAGUCGGAGAUUCAGACGCGGAUCGUCAUGGCCUACGGGACGCACGUUAUGCACGUGCUACAUAUCCUGCUCACUGGGAAAUGGGAUCCGAUCAACUUGCUCGACGACAACGACCUCUGGAUCAGCUCGCAAGGAUUUAUAACUGCCACGGGACGCGCGGUCUCUGCAGCCGAGGCCAUCAGCCACAUCCUCGAAUACGACCCGGGGCUGGAGUUUAUGCCCUUCUUCUUCGGCAUUUACCUCUUGCAGGGCUCGUUCCUGCUGCUGCUGAUCGCCGACAAGCUGCAGAGCGAGGCGUCGCCGAGUGUCGUCCGGGCCUGCGAGACCAUCGUUCGGGCUCACGAGGCUUCCGUGGUGACACUCAAUACGGAGUACCAGCGGAAUUUCAGCAGGGUCAUGCGCAGUGCCCUGGCGCAGGUCCGGGGCCGCGUGCCGGAGGACCUCGCGGAACAGCACCACCGCCGACGCGAGCUUCUAUCACUUUACCGCUGGACCGGCGACGGAACGGGUCUAGCUUUAUAA